AUGGGGCACAAGGCAGUGCCUCUGUCUGAGCUGUGGAAACAGUACAUUGUGAAUCUGUGUAAUGGAUUGAAACCAGGAAGCGACCCACAGAUGAUCCAGCAGAAGCUCUUGAAAGCAGAUUUCCACAGUGCUGUCUUAACAGUUGUCAGAUCAAAAUGCCCUUUGUAUGUUAAACUGAAGCACAUCUUCAAAAUCAUUACAGAAGAGGACAAACUGAAAGUUAUCCCAAAGAGGAAUGGUGUGUUCAGUGUGGGGAUUGGUGAUUUUGUGACACACAUCUAUGGCAGCAAGUUUGAACUGUGCUCCAGUGAGCGGUCAGCAGAGAAAUUCAAAGUAAAAGGAACUAUUGACUUGUAAUGGGGCAUUUUAAACAUCAUGUCUUUCUGUAACAGUGGACUCAUCCUGGAGAUUUAACAGAAGACAUUUAAUCAUUGAUCCUCUUAUUGUUAUUACUCUUUAUAUAAAGCUUUGACCAGGUUUGAAAAUAUG